AUGUCUGAAAGUCCAAUCAUAAAUGAUGGGGUUGAUUCUUUGGCUAUGCUAUCUAGAAUUCCAAAGAAUUUUGAGAAAGAAAAUGAGGUUGCUAAGGAGCCUGUCAAACAAGAAGUGGUUGAUGGCGAAAUCAGUAAUAUCUGGAAUACCACUUAUGAUCAUGCCAAACACUAUGAGAUUCAAAAAGCAGAUAAGAACACCGAGAACCUGGUGCCAUUUACAAAUUCUACUAAUUCAGUGGAAGAAAACUGUAAAGUAAAAUACCAAAGCCGAGUGUCAUCAGUUGAGUUUCUUGGAGAAUUUGAGGUGGGAGAGAUGAGAAGCCCUCUUAGGAGUUGUGCCAGCUUUCUCAGAUAUCUCCGCCUUGGAUUUCCCCUCCCCUUGUAUGGAAGAUUUACUAAUGAGAAGAAAAUUGCGAAGAAACAGGUGAAGAAAGGAAAAUGA